AUGAGCGCGCCCUGGGCAGAGCGCGGCCGCGAGCCGCCGGGGCCCGCCCCGCCGCCGCCCGGCCCGGAGCAGAGCGGCUGCGGCGGCUUCGCGCCCGGCUCGUGGCUCGGCGUGUGCUGCGCCGCCCGCCUGCCCGCCGCCGCCUCGCCGCGCUACCUGCUGCCCGGCGACGACGACGAGGCGGCGGCGGCGGAGGGCGGCGCGGCGCGGGGCGGCGGGAGCAGCCCCGGCGGCGCGCGGGGCGGCGGGCGGCCGCGGGGCGGCGGCGGCCCCGGGCUGCGGGCGCAGGUGAGCGGCGUGCAGAAGCAGCGGCGGCUGGCGGCCAACGCGCGGGAGCGGCGGCGGAUGCACGGGCUGAACCAUGCCUUCGACCAGCUGCGCAAUGUCAUCCCCUCGUUCAACAACGACAAAAAGCUCUCCAAGUACGAGACGCUGCAGAUGGCGCAGAUCUACAUCAGCGCCCUGGCCGAGCUGCUGCACGGCCCCGCCGCCCCUUCCGACGGCUCCGGCAAGGCCGAGCACCGCGGGGCCCCCUUCGAGCAGCCCUGCGCCGCCGCCGGGGCCGGAGCUCCGCCGGGGCCGCCGGCGCCGCCGCCGGGGCCGCCUAGAGCGUCGCCCCCCGGGCACGGCCGGACUCGCUUCCCCCCGCCGCCGGCCGCGGGGGGCUACUCGGUGCAGCUCGACCCGCUGCACUUCUCCUUUGCCGAGGGCGCCCUGAUGGCGCAGAGAGCCCCUUCCCCCGCCCUCCUCCUGCCGCAGCCCGGGCAGCCGCCGCAGGAGAGGAGCAAGACGUCGCCCCGGUCCCACAGGAGUGACGGGGAGUUCUCGCCCCGCUCCCACUACAGCGAUUCGGAUGAGGCCAGCUAA